AUGGCCAGCCGAAUACGCCCGGCCCUUCUCCCGUCCUGGAUAGCUUUGCUGGCCUUGUGUGCCUUGUGUCAGGCCGCCGACGGCCACUCGCCCCCAGCUCCCGCCGUCACCAAGGCUCCCAUCUUCCUGCCCUAUUAUCAUGAGGAAGCAUGGUCCGUUGUGCGGGGGAGCAUCCUCUCGAGGAACAAGACAGCCAGCGAAACCACCUAUACCAUUUUCUGCCCGACCGAGACACCCCCCGCCUGCGACCUCUCCCUCGAGUUUCCCUUUGUCAUUGUCGAGGGCCCGGGAACGCUGCGCUUCCACGGAACCUACACCUCGACCUACAUCGCCAAUCUCGAGUGUAGGCUGAAUGGCACGACGGCCGCUACAUGCUCCGGCUACUCGAGCUACAAGGCAGGCUACGCAAAUGGCCUUCUCACCGGCCCGACCGAGAUGUCGUGGACUUCGACCCUGACGGGCACCGACGUCGAGUGGGGGACCCUCGUCAUGGCCGAUAAUCCAAAGACCAAGGGCAACAACCUCCACAUGACCGCAGCGCCCAACUCGGGGCCAGCAUCGGCAGAGCUUUACGCCCCGAAAGCGACGGGCCAGGGGGCGGGUGCCAGAAUACAUGUCGACGAGCGCCUCGCCACGAUGGCGUCGGUAUUAGCCAUAUGCGCCGUCGGACUCUGGUGA